UGUGUUGAUCAUCGCAGCAGUCCUCGUCACAAUGACGUCACGAAACUGGUGGACCAUUUUGGGCCCGGCGACAGUGGUCACUGUGAUCGCGUUUGUGCUUAUCGAUCGAGGGGCGGCCUUGGAUUGCCAUUUCUGCAUCGGGAUCGACGCCUGCAACUACACCGCUGAAGUGAAUCGGUCGUUGGCCGAGAUCGACGACAAGGUCGUUAGCUGUACGGCUGAGCUGGUGCAUCUGACAAACGAGUCCCUGGCGGGGUUCAUGCCGACACUGCGCUGGACGCCGGUGCGCAGUACCGACGAGUUCCAGUGUGUACACGUGCGAGCGACGUCCCUAGCGGACAUCACGUUCCUGUUCAUCCGGGGUUGCACCUACGCGACCAACAAUCAAUCGUUCUGUGAUCUACGGCAUUCCAGCUUCCAGGGAAGGCGCGAGUGUGUGGCCUGUGACGAUGCCGAUAGCUGCAAUGACGUCCCAAGUAGCGCCACCAGAUCUUGGAUUGCCUGGCUUACUACGAUUACCGCAAUGCUCAUUGCAGCAAGCACUGCCGCCGUCAACCGGUGAUGAUGAGUACUCAAUAAAGACUGUAAUUUUAGCCGCAGA